GGCUAGCGCGCGAGCCUCUCCUCCAGUCCCGAAGCGAGUCUGCUGCUUAUUCGUCCAGCCUCACUCACAACACCAAACAUGGCGGAGGAAGAGGGAAUCAUCAAGGCUCUUGUGUGCGCUUAUUUGAGUGAGAAGGACAAGUCUCUCGGACAGUCGGUGGAAAAGAAGCUAAAUCCGCCAAAGUUAACAAAAAGCUCCCCAUCAGUCACAGAAAUUGUCAAACAUUUCCUCAAAACCUCGCCAAACAAACGCCGCCUGAGCUUUGAAACCCCACCAGCAAAGAAAGCCCGUAAAGAAUCGAGUUCAAGCUCAGAAGAGGAUGAAAGUCCUCCCAAGAAGGCAGCAACCCCUCUUGUGAAUGGCAAAGGACCCAAGGCUGCAGCAAAACCCAAGAAAGCAGAGUCAAGUUCUUCUGAAGAUUCCGAGUCAGAUUCAGACGAGUCGGAUGCGCCUCCCAAGAAGAAGAUUGCUGUAGCGGCCCCAGCAGCAGCCACACCCAAGGCAGCAGCAAAGGUUCCUCCCAAGAAGCCGGCUGAGAGCAGCAGUGAAGAGAGCAGUUCUGAAGAUGAAGCCCCCGCUAAGGCGCCUGUCAAAGCUGUGCCAGUCAAACCUGCAACACCUGUUAGCAAGCCUGCAGCAAAGAAGGCAGAAUCCUCCAGUUCUGAAGAGUCAAGUUCUGAUGAUGAUGAACCUGCUAAGCCAGCUGUGAAGAAACCAGCCACACCUGCACAGAAGGCUACCACUCCUGCAAAACCAGCAGUUGCAGUUAAAAAGGCAGAAUCCUCCAGUUCUGAAGAGUCUAGUUCUGAGGAUGAAGAACCUGCAAAGGCAGCAGUACCUGCAAAGAAGGCUGCCACUCCUGCAAAACCAGCAGUUGCAGUUAAAAAGGCAGAAUCCAGUUCAGAAGAGUCUAGCUCUGAGGAUGAUGAGCCUGCAAAGCCAGCUGUGAAGAAACCAGCCACACCUGCACAGAAGGCAGCCACUCCUGCCAAGAAGCCAGCUGCUGCAAAGAAAGAAUCUUCCAGUUCAGAAGAAUCCAGCUCUGAAGAUGAGGAACCAGCUAAACCAGCUGUUAAGAAGCCAGCAACACCUGCACAGAAGGCUGCCACUCCUGCCAAGAAGCCAGCUGCUGCAAAGAAAGAAUCUUCCAGUUCAGAAGAAUCCAGCUCUGAAGAUGAGGAACCUGCCAAAGCAGCUGUGAAGAAGCCAGCAACACCUGCACAGAAGGCUGCCACACCUGCAAAGAAGGCCGAAUCUUCCAGUUCAGAAGAAUCCAGCUCUGAAGAUGAGGAACCAGCUAAGCCAGCUUUAAAGAAGCCUGCUACACCUGUACAAAAGGCUGCUUCUCCUGCAAAGAAACCAGCUGCUCCUGCAAAGAAGGCAGAAUCAUCCAGUUCAGAAGAGUCUAGCUCUGAGGAUGAUGAGCCUGCAAAGCCAGCUGUGAAGAAACCAGCCACACCUGCACAGAAGGCAGCCACUCCUGCCAAGAAGCCAGCUGCUGCAAAGAAGGCAGAAUCUUCUAGUUCAGAAGAAUCUAGUUCUGAGGACGAGGAACCAGCUAAACCAGUAGUGAAAAAGCCAGCUACUCCUGUGCAGAAGCCAGCUGCUGCUGCCAAGAAAGCAGACUCCAGUUCUGAAGAAUCAAGCUCAGAUGAAGAUGAACCAGCCAAGCCAGCUGUGCAAAAACCAGUUGCAAAACCAGCUGCUGCAGCCAAGAAGGCAGAAAGUAGCUCAGAAGACUCUUCAGACUCUGAUUCUGAUGAAAAACCUGCCAAGCCUGUAGUCAAGCCUGCUGCCCCUGCUAAGAAGGAAAUGUCCAGCUCAGAAGACAGCUCAGAUGAUGAAGAACCUGCUAAACCAGCAGCCAAGCCAGCGGCUGCUGCCACAAAAGCUGCGAAGGAGUCUAGUUCUGAGGAGUCCACCAGCGAGGAGGAGGAGGAGACUCCAGUUGUGAAGACACCAGCACCAAAGAUGACCAAUGGCACAGUAGAGAAUUCUCAUAACACUUCCUGGAAUGGGUCUCUGAAUUCGUCACUCAAUACCUCGGGUGGCAAAGUUAAAAAAGAGCCUUUCAGGAGGGUGCGAGCAGAGGAAAUGGAGAUCAACCCAAAGUUUAACAACUCCUUUGAAGCCAAGCAAGGUGCAAGAGGAUGUUGGGGUGAAGGUGCCUACAGAACCCUCAAGGACACUCGAGGAAAAUCUUUCCGUCAUGAAAAGAACAAGAAGAAGAAAGGAUCUUACCGAGGAGGCAUGUUGGACACGGCCGUCAACUCGAUCAAAUUUGACUCGGACUGAUAGAACGGUUUCCCAUGUGAAGCACCUCCCUCCCCCCCACCUUCAGGCAAAUCAGACCUUUAUCCAUGGGCUGCCCAGAGUGAUGGAUAACUGUUAGAGAAAGGCCAAGGGCAGAGAUGCAGCCACACAACACUGCCAGUGGUUUCACAUGAAUGUGUUUGUGUGUGGAAGCUCAUGUGAUAUAUAUAUAUUUACAAAGGAGAUACAUUACUGUGUGGGAGUUGUUUAUUUGUUGAAUUUUAAGAAGAGAGUACAUAAAGUGGCAAACUUCAAAGUGAUGAGGAAGUGUUCUGAUGGUGACACAUUCUUGUGUGUUUGAAUUCGUAAUUUAGCUACAGGUCUUUGCAUUUGUGGAAGUGCAGUGAGCCUCAGCAAGGUCUCAGUGUGAACAAUUUCCUUGGUUUGUGAACCUGUAACAGGAGAAAGUCCAGUCUGGGAGGUCGUUUAGGGCUAUAAAUUGUCAGAUAGGAGAAUGAGAAAAAUGUAUUUUUUUAGAAGUUAUUGCUAUAAUACAAAAAAAAAAAAAAUUUAGUUCUAUGCACUGCAGCCAUAGAUAUUGUUAGGGUUAUACGUACUUGUACAUUUCCACUUUUGACUGAAAAGAAAAUGGAGAUUAUAACCCCAACAUUUUAUUUGGUGCAAAUAGGAAGAGAAAUCUGUUCCUCUUAAGUAUUUACAUAAUAGUUUGUGUAAAUAGACGAGAUAACAGUUUUGGUUGUACCAUUAAUUGAAAGUAUUUGAAAUUUGUGUUUGGUACAAAGUUUGUGGAUGUUGUUUUUCUUUUUUCUUUUUUCUUUAUUUUUCUUUUCCUACUUUUUAAACAGUUCUUUUGAUAUUUUGGCUCCUUGAUUUAUAAAGUUACCUUGUUAAGUUUAUGGCUCAAAGAUAUAUUGUUUUCUUGUCCAAACUGUUCAGCGGUUUGGGAAAAAAUUGCGCUUACCUCCUAUCUCAGUAUUUAAUAUGUUCCAGAAACAAUUGUAACUACACAAGUAGUUAUGUCAAUGACUGUUUAAAAACAUAGAUUAAAUGUUUAUACGUA